GCCAGCCGUCUUGUUUCCAGCGCUCUAAAUUACCGCAUUAAGGGUUCCCCUCCUCAGCUUUGGGUCCCUUGACUGGCACCCAACCUCCGAGGCAAACCACACAAUUAUCACGGUCUCUAGACACCAUAAAACUACUAUUUAAAUAGGUAGAUAGAACCCAAGCUAUCUGGGCAUAACUGGUUAAUUCCUUCCUUUUAUUUCAUCUCAUCAAUAUUUAACACUUCAAGAUGUUCUCUCAAGUUUCUCUCCGCGUCCUGGCUGUCGCAAUCGCGCUUCUCUCCCAAGAGUGCGUUGCCCAAUUUCCUUUUGGAGGGAUUCCUCCUCCACUGAGGACUGUCACAAAUUGGGGGGACAACCCAAGCAACCUGCAGAUGCAGGUCUAUAAGCCUAGAAAUGUUGCUAAAAGCCCAGCCGUCAUUUUUGCGCUUCACUUUUGCUUUGGGUCAGGCGCCAUAUACAAUGCCUUCACGAAGUACUCAUCGCUUGCUGACAAACACGGUUUCAUCGUCGUUUAUCCUUCCAGCCUUGAUGAGACCGGUUGCUGGGACGUCGCAUCGAAGGCUUCUCUGACCAGGAACGGAGGCGGAGACAGCACUGGCCUAGCCAACAUGGUCAAGUUCGUCAUAUCAGAGUACAACGCCGACCCAGCCGAAAUCUUCGUCACCGGUUCCUCUUCUGGCUGCAUGAUGACCAACGUUAUGAUUUCUCUCUAUCCCGAUCUGUUUGCUGCUGCGACCUGCUACUCUGGUGUACCCGCGGGCUGUCUCGCCGGCUCUCCCAGCUCUAGCCCCAUCAGUUCGGAUCCUGCAUGCGCCAAUGGCGAUAUCAUCAAGACCGGCGAACAAUGGGCUCAGAUUGUGUACAACAUGGAUCCAGGAUACAACGGCAGACGACCCAAGUUUGCCACCCUACAUGGAACGGCCGACAAUGUUGUCUCUAUCAAGGAUUUGGGGGAGCAAAUUAAGCAGUGGUCAACCGUGUUCGGAAUCAAUAAGACUUCUGAGCACCCUAACACGCCGCAGAAGGGAUACACGCAGCUUAUCUAUGGCGACGGAACCCAGUUUGUGGCGUACUCUGCAGAUGGUGUAGGACACACUGUCCCUGUUAACGAGAACUUAGACCUCGAGUGGUUUGGCAUUAUAAACAGUGCCGCCUAGAUCUAGGCUGGGUUGUGUUGAUGGUGAUAUAUAGGGUUGGAAAGAGAGCUUUCAGUUUCUUCCCUUGGUUAUCAAGACAAAUUUGGAUGUAUCAAAUGGGGUUUCGUUUAUAUGUUG